AUGGAAUUCGAUAGCGCGGCGCUCGUCGAUUUUAUGGACGAGGCUUGGCAGGCAACUGCGAAUUGGGCGACAAGCCCACAGUUUUAUGCCCAGAUAGGCGCGAUAGGGUGCGCGGUGCUGCUGGCUUUUCUCUUGGCAGCCGUCAUUCGCAGAUCUGUCCCCAUUUUUACCAGGGAGCCCGUGGGCAAUCGAUUUUCAGGCGUCACCUCAUUUUUCUAUCGGUUGCGGGUAUUUGUUUUUCCGCUGCUGAACAUCUUUUUUCUGGAAAUAGCGAUCACACUGGGCGACUCGAUCUGGCAACAGGCAUGGUUAAUACGUCUGGCACAAAGCGCGGCUGUCAUUUUUCUUAUCUACACCGUUGCGUCGAAGUUUGUACGCAACCGCGGUGUAAAAACACUGUUAACCUGGUUGGGCAUGCCGAUUGCGACGCUGCAUGUCUUUGGCUUGCUUGAUGACGUCACUGCAUUUCUCGACGGUAUAUCGCUGACCGCUGGAGAUAUUCGAAUCUCAGCCUACGCACUGAUUCGCACGCUUAUUUUUGGCGCGGUGCUGUUCUGGUUGGGAAGAAUUUCCAAUACCGCAGGCAAACAGGCGAUCCGUAGUCGGGAGUCUAUGGACAUCGGCACACGAGAAGUGUUUGCCAAGUUGUUUGAAAUCGCGCUCUUCGUUGUGAUUUUCCUUUUGCUGCUGCAGAUCAUGGGCAUCAAUCUGACUGCACUUGCUGUGUUUGGCGGCGCGCUUGGUGUCGGUCUGGGCUUUGGCCUGCAGCAGAUCGCCUCCAACUUUGUAUCAGGCAUCAUCAUUCUGCUCGAUCGUUCCAUCGCAAUUGGUGAUCACGUCGAGCUUGAAGAUGGCCGCAGUGGCACCCUGCGGGAGUUGAACAUGAGGUUCGGCGUUCUGGAGACCUAUGAUGGCAAAGAUAUUGUGGUCCCUAACGAACAGUUCAUAACGACGUCUUAUACCAACUGGACACAUAAGAACAUCAAGCAACGUUACCCGCUGGAGUUUCAGGUGGCGUAUUCCACAGAUCUCGACCUCCUGUUUGAAAACAUUCGUCAACUCUGCGCAGAACACCCGAAGGUAAUCAGCGGUGAUGAUCUGCCGAUCGAAGAGCGGCCUGAUGCUGAAAUCGCCGGGUUUGGUGAUAACGGUAUCGAUAUUCUGGUUGAAUUCUGGAUGGAAGGUGUAGACGACGGACCUAAUCGUGUAGGUGCAGAUUUGUUGCACGCGAUCUGGCGCUCUAUCCAGGAGAACGGCAUGGAAAUUCCUUAUCCCCAGCGUGAAGUGCGGAUAUUGAACGAAAAUUUCCUUAAGCCUUAG